UUGCCCACCCUUUUAAGGGGGCAGCUACCUGCUCUUGGUCGCGUCUGCAGAGACGGCGUUCGGGAGACGGGGGGUCGGGUGGCUCGGGGAGACUCCGUACCCGACCCGGUCCCUGUUCCUGCCCCAAGGGCGGUCCCGCCGCUUGCGAAGGGAUGCGGUACAGCCGAUUACUUGUCCGCCCUUGGCCUCCCGGAGCCAGAGAGCCGGACCCAGGACGCGCGGCGUCCGGAACAUCCCGAGGAAGCAAAGUAACUGGUACUGGACUCCCCUGUUCUUGCCACACCCACACUGCUUGUUCCGGAAUUUCCUACACACAGCCCAAGCACCAGCUGAAAAUGUUUAUCUAAAAUGCAAGCUCAGCUUAGCGGAAAUCUUUGGACUGCCUUGCUCUGUCCUCUAAAACUGGAUCAUGAAGGUAUUGGAAAAACAUUACUUUUGGAUGUUGCUUCCAUUGCUUCAUUUGAUAGCAAAUGCUGCGGAACAUGAAGAGGUAGCAAAACAUGCCAUCAAGCUGCACCGAGGCAAAGGGGCAGCUAUCACGCAGAGGAAGCAGUGGGUCCUAGAUGGCUGCAGAAAGCUCUCCGGCCUUCUUCGCCAAAAGGCUGUAGUUCUUAACAAACUGAAAAAUGCAAUCAGAGCAGUGGAAAAAGAUGUUGGCCUUUCGGAUGAAGAGAAGCUCUUUCAGGUGCACACAUUUGAAAUUUUCCAAAAAGAGCUCAACGAAAGUGAAAAUUCAGUCUUCCAGGCUAUCUAUGGACUCCAAAGAGCCCUGCAGGGAGAUUACAAAGACGUGGUGAACAUGAAAGAGAGCAGCAGGCAGCGCCUGGAGGCCUUGAGAGAGGCUGCCAUAAAGGAAGAGACAGAAUAUGUGGAACUUCUGGCAGCAGAAAAACAUCAAGUUGAAGCCCUUAAAAAUAUGCAACAUCAAAACAAAAGUUUAUCCAUGCUUGAUGAAAUUCUUGAAGAUGUAAGAAAGGCAGCCGAUCGUUUAGAGGAGGAAAUAGAGGAGCAUGCUUUUGAUGACAAUAAAUCAGUCAAGGGGGUCAAUUUUGAGGCAGUUCUGAGGGUGGAGGAAGAAGAGGCCAAUUCAAAGCAAAAUCUCACAAAACGGGAAGUGGAAGAUGACUUAGGUCUUAGCAUGCUGAUUGACUCCCAGAACAACCAGUAUAUUUUGACGAAGCCCAGAGAUGCAACAAUCCCGCGUGCAGAUCACCACUUCAUAAAGGACAUUGUUACCAUAGGAAUGUUGUCUUUACCUUGUGGCUGGCUCUGCACAACAAUAGGGUUGCCUACAAUGUUUGGUUAUAUUAUUUGUGGUGUACUUCUGGGACCUUCAGGACUAAAUAGUAUUAAGUCUAUUGUACAAGUGGAGACAUUAGGAGAAUUUGGUGUGUUCUUUACUCUUUUUCUUGUUGGCUUAGAAUUUUCCCCAGAAAAGCUGAGAAAGGUGUGGAAGAUCUCCUUACAAGGACCAUGUUAUAUGACACUACUAAUGAUUGCCUUUGGCUUAUUAUGGGGACACCUUUUACAGAUCAGACCCACUCAGAGCGUUUUUAUUUCCACUUGCUUGUCCUUAUCCAGCACACCCUUAGUGUCCAGAUUCCUCGUGGGCAGUGCCCGGGGUGAAAAAGAAGCAGGUGACCUUGACUACAGUGCUGUGUUGCUCGGAAUGCUGGUGAUGCAGGAUGUGCAGCUGGGGUUGUUCAUAGCCGUCAUGCCAACUCUUAUCCAAGCAGGAGCCAGUACCUAUGCUAGCAUUUUCAUGGAAAUACUACGAAUACUGGCUUUGAUUGGUCAGAUUCUUUUUUCGCUAGCUGCUGUUUUUCUGUUAUGUCUUGUUAUAAAGACUUAUCUCAUAGGACCAUACUAUCGAAAGCUGCACUUGGAAAGCAAAGGGAACAAAGAAAUCCUUAUCUUAGGAAUCUCUGCUUUCAUCUUUUUAAUGUUAACGGUCACAGAGCUGUUAGACAUCUCCAUGGAGCUGGGCUGCUUCCUGGCCGGAGCGCUCAUCUCUUCCCAAGGCCACAUGGUCACCGAGGAGAUCGUGUCUUACAUCGAGCCUAUUCGAGACUUCCUGGCUAUCAUUUUUUUCGCAUCCAUAGGCCUUCACGUGUUUCCCACCUUUGUGGUGUAUGAGCUCACCAUCCUGAUGGUCCUCACGUUGUCGGUGGUCAUCAUGAAGUUUGUUCUGGCAGCACUGGUCUUGUCGCUCCUCUUGCCGAAAACCAGCCAGUAUAUCAAGUGGAUCGUGGCCGCAGGGCUGGCCCAGGUCAGCGAGUUCUCCUUCGUCCUGGGGAGCAGAGCGCGCCGAGCGGGCAUUAUUUCUCGGGAGGUGUACCUCCUAAUCCUGAGUGUGACCACGCUCAGCCUUUUACUGGCCCCGGUGCUGUGGAGAGCCGCAAUUACAAAGUGUGUGCCACGACCAGACCGACGGUCAAGCCUCUGAAGGCUCCAAGAUGAUCAGCAAGUUUGCAAAGCAAAACCUCCGUGCAGGGAAGCAGAAUGUUGGACAGUUCUGGAACUGCACUUUGGGGAACAAAAUACGCUAUUCAGCAGGGGGGUGUCUUAUUUGUCCAUCUUUACAAACUAUUACUGCCAUAUUUUAGAAUCUUCCAGAAUAAUUUAUUGCAUUCAAUUGAUCACGCACAGUAUAAACAUAACGCUGCAUUUUACAAAUCGCCUUGACUAUUUUGCCUGGAUGUGCCUUUUUUUCUGAAAUUAAUGUUAACUUUUUAUGGUUAUUUCAUCAUUUCAUGAUUUUUUGGAAAAAAAUUAGAAAGCUUUUUAAUUUAUUGUACAACUUUAGUGUUGUAAUCUGUUGGUUGAUAUUUGUUAUUAAGCAUUUCUGUGAUAUGAAAUUUUAAUUCUUGCAAUGAGUUUGGAAAAUUACUUUUAAUCCUUAAAGCCUAUGUUUUCUAAAAUGAUAUAAAUAUCUUCUAAAUAUCUAUUUGUUUAUUAUAACAAUUUUAAAUAAAACACUUUCAUGUCAAUUGUAUUAGGUAAAUAAUUCUUUAAAAAUACUUGGUUUUCACAUUUUUUAAAUAAAAGAUUCUUU